GAUUUCCACCAUUGUUUGUUAAUCGGGUUAAAACGUUAGCAGGGUGAUUGUAAAUUCAGUAGUGUAAAGUAUGCUAGAUAUAGUGGGAAGGGAGAAAUGGGAAUAUAUCGGGAAAUUAAAACAGGCAAUCUUAAUGGAGAAAGAUAUAGAACCAUGGAAGGGGAAAGGGAAGUCAAGGAAAGAAUGUACGGUUGUAUUCAAUGAAAUGUAAAAGACUCAAAUGAAGGCCUAAAAGAUACCUUGUCAUCAUGUCCUUGCAGGUGUUCCCAAGGCAGAGUGAUGGCUCUGUGGAUUUUGACCAGGACUGGGAUUCUUGGAAGAGAGCUUUUGGAAGCCAGCUGAUGGAAUUCUGGCUGGGAAAUGACCAUCUUCACCUGCUGAGCUCCUUGGCCAAGGACAGACAGCAGGAGCCCAAGAACCGGAAAUGGGCAGAGGUAUAUCAAGGAGUCUGGUGCUACGACGACUGCCACCUCUACAACGCCCACCCCUCCUUUGCAGAUGGACUGAACUGUGAAAGUGGCCAAGAGUACCACGAUUGCUCCAAGCACUCAUAAAUGACAUUCAGGAGCAUGUCAUCUCCUGACUCGAUGUUUUCCUUUCCUUCGGAGGCUCCGUGUGUUUUUCAUCCCCUGAUGGGGUGGGCUGGAGGUUUGACUUCAGGGUGGUUUUUUUAGGCCUUUCCUCCAAGGUGAUUUUGUUCCCUCGGAUGCCCCCUUUCUCUAUCUUUUCGGCUUCCUUUUGGGUCUUGUAGGAUUUUAUCUUUGGGGGGUUCUCUUUAUUGGGGUUAGGUGUGCCAGGUCUCCCCUAUCUACCUUCCCACGGGCAGGACAGCUUUGUCUGAACAGGUUCCAGGGUCCUUCUCCCUUUGCUUCAUUUCUUUUCAAAAAUAUAUAUAUAUUUGUCAUUAAAUAAUUAUUAGUUUCAAAACAUAUGUGCAUUGUCUCAUUUUUCAAGUUGCGGUUUCCACAGAUCAGCUUCAUUUGUUGUGAGAC